AUGGUGGUUUCUACUACUACAUAUAAUAGUGUUAAGAUGCAGUGGCAUUGUGAAAACUAUUCACUAUCUGUGAAUGGCAAAGUCUUCCAAAUUGAUCUUAUAUGCUUUCCGCUUAAGAAGAUUGAUGUGGUGUUGGGUAUGGAUUGGAUUUCUGCUUGUGUAAUUGGUUACAAGGAAAAGGUAAUCUUUAUUCCAACCAAUGAAGCCACUCCAAAUGAUGUGAUAACCACUCUAUUAGGGGGUACGAUUAGCAUAGUCAAUUUAUUAUUCGAGCGCGAAAAGUCUACUCUCUUAAUUCUCACCAAGGAAUCAAGCGAGGAUAUGAAUGUUAUGCAAGUUAUUAUAGUAUAUAAUUUUCCAGAAGUUUUUCCUGAGAAUGUCACUUCUCUUCCUCCAGGAAGGGAAUUGGAAUUCUCUAUUGAUCAUGUACCAGGAACUGCCACAAUCACUGUCGCCCCUUGUCGUAUGUCACUAGUUAAACUUAGAGAAAUGAAGAACCAAUUAAAAGAAUUGUUGGAUAAGAAUUUUGUUCGUCCGAGUGUACCAGGUGAAUACGAAGGAUGGUUGGAUUUCUUAUGUAUUGACUGUCGUCAGUUGAAAAAGGUUACCAUCAAGAAUAAAUAUCCCUUACCUUGA